CUACAGUCCUCGCCUCUCUUUUACUCGAACAGGCAGUGGAAACGAUUUAUAACUUCAUCUUUGGUCAAGCAGGAGGGCGCGCGGUAAAACUGUUAACUUAUCUUGCUGAUGUUAUGCAGUUACCUCGUGAUGAAAGAAAUGCGGACAAUGUUGAUGUCAAAAGUGAAGUUGUCAAGCAUCUGGAGGUCAUCAUUCUUCUCAUCAGACACAUUAUUGACCUCAACUCCACUGCAUUCGUUUGUGAGCCGUUGAAAGAUGUCGUCCGUAAGUCUGAAGCGAUUAAAAUAAGCCUACAUGAUUCAAAGUUAGAUCCGUGGCUUCAAGAAGCUCGUUUGAAUCUCGAUUACGUUUCAGCAGUGUCUCGAAAUAGGAAGCCACUUACCCGAUUUACAGUCGUCAACAAAGGCGCGCAUGCCUAAAGUCGCUGCGAAAUUUCUUGCACCUCUCAAGCCUCCCGGAGGAUGGCAUGAUAAUGACCACACUGAUAUCUUCCUGAUAAAAGUCAUGCCGACCCUCCAAGAAACUCAAUCCACUCGCAGUGAAUAUCUACCUCCUCGCGAUCCGAGUCAAUGGCAGUUAGAUGGUAUACAUGGUCUCCCAGACCGACACUUUCGACUAUUGAGAGAAGACACUAUAGGGCAACUUCGGGAUGCUAUUCAUAGCGAAAUCGUGCCUAGUUCAGGUGGACAGGGAAAUAGAAACAACCUAAGGACACACGCAUACAGGAAUCAGUUACGACGGCUUCAGUCAUCAGCAUUGGUCUUCCUCACUGACUACCGAACAUGCGCGGUACUUUGCUCUGUAUUAGGGCCAAGUUCUGAUCGAGUGAAGAAUGAAGGCCAAAACCAGCUUGGUCCUUCAGAAGGAGACGAGCCUUCGCUCUGGAGCAAUAAGGCUCUGGCAAGCAUCACGCUCGGCCUAGUCGAGGCUGAUGGCGAGAAUAUCCGGAGGCUUUUGCAGGCGAUGGCAACAGGUCGUGCUACAGCUAGCGCAUCGCUGUCAUUGGUCGAAUUCCCUGGUGUUCUUCUUCCGUCUUUCCAGCCAACACUGUGUGCUCUACAGCAGAUAAAGAAAUCCGCGCGCCUUCCCUUUGCAGACAUCCUCACCGCGGCAGGCGCGCCCGAUAUGCAGAUUCCCCCACCGCGUUACGCUUCUCGCCCUGGAUUCUUCUUCGACCUGCAGGGCUUGACGAAGGAUCACAGCCCACUAAAUUUGUAUCCUGGCCGCCCAUUCGAUAUUCAGGAUCUACAAAGAAACUGCGAUCUCGAUGAAGCACAAGCCGAAGCUUUGGUCAACUCCCUGACGCGAGAGCUGGGCCUCAUCCAGGGCCCUCCCGGCACUGGAAAGAGCUAUACAGGUGUUGCCUUGGUCAAACAAGGCCGAUCUGGUCCCGAUAACCUCCUCGAGACGAAAAUCACGUCACAGGUUAUCCGUAUUGGCUCCCAAUCCAAAUCCGAGGUUCUGAAGCCACUGAAUUUGCGAAACGUCGCCAAGGACUUUAGUCACACGAGAUUCGAGAAACGCGCAUUCUCUGCAAGAGACUUCCGGGGUCUACUGGAAAACCACUCAAUUGCAAAACAUUUGAAGGAAAGGCAUCCACUUCAUUACCACCAUUUGUUUGAAAAGAAUAUCGAUGGGUGGGAUCGGUAUUCUUCUAGAGGAAGUAAUGGUGCUAUUGGGCAGUGGCUGCAUCAAGGACGACAGAAUGAGAACCCCUCUCGAAGUAUCCAGGAACUCCAAUAUUCAGACCUUGAGACAAUGACGACACAAGAAAGGAGAAAUCUACAUGCUAGUUGGCUUGAAGAGAUUCGAUCAGAGGAGGAAAGGGAUAUUACCCUAGCCAUUUUAGAUCACAGAGAUGCGAAACUAAAAUUUGACGAUGUUCGGGACGAAAUGAAUCUCCAACUCCUCCAAAGUGCGGAUGUCAUUGGCAUCACUACGAGUGGUUUGGCUCGAAAUCUGAAAUUUUUGCAACGCUUACAGUCAAAAGUCGUUAUUUGUGAAGAAGCUGGGGAGGUUCUUGAGGUAAAUCUCCUCACUGCGCUUCUCCCUUCGGUCCAGCAAGCAAUCCUCAUUGGUGACCACCUUCAGUUACGAUCACAAAUCCAGAACUAUGAUUUAUCGUCAGAAAAUCCUAGAGGGGUAGACAAAAACGCCGAAGAUGGCGCCCAAGUUCCGUUCAAUACUCUGGAGACACAACGACGAAUGCAUCCUUCGAUUGCACAUUUAAUAAGGAAGACAUUAUAUCCAAGGUUGAGCGAUGCACCUUCGGUCUGUGUAUAUCCUGAAGUGAUGGGUAUGCGCCGCAGACUUUUCUGGCUGGAUCACCGUGCGCCGGAAGCAGGGUCCUCUGGGGACGAUGCAUUGGCAACUUCUCACUGGAACCAACACGAAAUACAACUUACAGCAGCACUUAUCAAGCAUCUAACUUCGCAGGGAACAUACAAGAAAGGUGAUAUUGCUGUUCUGACUUCCUACCUUGGACAACUUCACCGUUUGCGAAGGGAAAUAGGACAAUUCACGAGAAUUUCGAUGGACGAACGUGAUGAAGGACAGUUAGAUAAAGCUGGACUACCAGAUAACACUAAGCUCGAGAACAAGAGAAUUUCGAAAUAUAGGAAGUUUAUCAAAACGACAUUGCUUGAGUCUGUCCGAGUAGCGACGGUCGACAACUUUCAAGGAGGAGAGGCUAAAGUGAUCGUGAUAUCUCUGGUGCGAAGCAACAGCCAGAAUAAAUGCGCAAGACAUGGUAUGUACAUUAUCGGGAACUCUGCAACAUCAGCUCACGUCCCUAUGUGGGCGGAUGUUAUCAAACUCCUAGAGAGCAACGACAACUUUGGCACUGAGUUGGAGCUACGGUGCCCACGACAUCCUGAUACACCUAUUUUUACAUUGCAUAGCGCGGUUUAUUGCUUGGAGGACUGCCCAAGGCCACUCAAGGGGUGCGACUACCAAUGUCCAAAGAAAUGUGGAGACCAAUGUGUGACAAAAUGCACCGUUAAAGUUCAUGAUCCUCAUCGUGUACUUGGUGUACAUGCAGCACCGUAUUUAAAAUGUUGGGAAGCACAGAACCUCUCAAAUCUUCGCUGUACAGUCAGAGUCGACAAGACAAUUCCUGGUUGUAACCACAAGGUCAGCGAAUUAUGCUAUGUCGAUAUGACAAAAAAUGAUUAUAAAUGCAAAAAGCAGUGCAGCGAUUAUGCCAUCAAUGCAUUUCUCGUGAUGAAUCAGGAACCCUUCUUACAAAUCAUGGUUCUUUGUACGCAAAAUUGUGGGCGUGGUCAAUCAACAUGUUCUCAUUCAUGCGGGAUUUCAUGCCAUGGUGAGAAGCCGUGCCCUCCUUGCAACAAACCCUGUGAUUUCCACUGCGGCCACUCCAAGUACGGCAACAAGUACCAUGAGCUCUGUAUCCCUUGUGCCGAGGAUAUCUGUCUAUCAGCCUGUCCACGUUCUAAAUGUUCGAUGCCAUGUUCUGCUCCCUGCGGCCAUGCCCCAUGUUCAAAACGAUGUGAGAAGAAGCUGCCGUGCGGUCCAUCUGUUUGUGGAGAAAGCUGUCCCCCUAUCGAAUUCUGUCAGAUUUGUGCUAGCGAAGAUGUCAAACACCGAGCUGUCGAUUUUAUUCUAGGAGAGACUUAUGAGGAAAUUGAUUUAAACGAGAAUCCGUGCAUCUUUCCUCAAUGUCACCAUUUUCUAACUAUGGAGAGCAUGGAUGGUCUAUUUGAUUGGAAAAAGCGUUAUAACUUGGACACGAAAGGGUUUCCGAUUUCUAUAGCUUCUUCUUCUGAGCCCUUUUCAAUUGAUGAUGUGAAGAGAUGUGCCACAUGUCGUGGUUCCCUCCGAGAUAUCGCCCGAUAUGGCCGACUUGUACGCCGUGCUUUGCGAGACGAGUGCACCAAGAAAUUCAUCUUGUAUUCUAACAACGAGUACAUCCCCAUUGCUACUAAUGUGAGCAAGCAUCUGGCUAGCCUCCAAGAUGAUUCGGACUUCAAAUUUUCAGCGGUAUUCGACGGCACAAAGAUAAUACGGAUCGAAGGGCCGUGCGAUAAUCAGGUUAGGAUGUUAUCUAACUUAUUAGCUAGGUGCAAACCGUCUCGCUGGAGUGAGCUGAUGCCGUUACGAAAGCGAUUGUUGAUAUAUCUCGAAAAGGUCUCGAAAGACGAACAGCCCUCAACAAAUUCCACGAAAGUUUUCUGCAGAAUAAGAGGUUUCUUGAUGGCGGCUGCGCUAUUGAUUCGUCUUGAUACUGCUCUCAUCGCCGACUUUUUGUCAUUGCGGAGGAAAGGCCUCUCUCGAAAGAUGGCGUUGGAUAGCGAGAUACAGCUUAUCCACAAGGCGGCCAGCUCAAACAGAGCGUAUUUGCAGGUUGAAGGGCAUAUCUUUCUCGCAGAGCUCUAUGCUCUGGAACGUGGCCAUAGAGAAAACCUGACCCAACCAGAACGCAUGAUGGAGUAUGGCACGAUAGCAGUUGAAAGAGCACGACGACUGUGCCAAGAAAACCCUGGCCAAACGACGGGGCUAUCACAAGAGGUUGACGAGGCAGAAAAAAUGGUGAAUCAAGGCACAUUAUACACUGCCGUCACCAAUGCAGAGCGACUGGCAGUGAUUGAGGCGAUGGCGGGCGAGUUCCGCGGCACGGGACAUUGGUACUUCUGUGUCAAUAGACAUCCGUUCACGAUUGGAGAAUGCGGCAUGCCGAUGCAACAGGCUCGAUGCCCGGAGUGCGGUGCUCCGGUUGGUGGCCAGCACCAUCAACAGGUUGAAGGAAGACUGGGGAAUCUUUCCACCUAG